AUGGAAGCACAAAUACAGAAAGCAGCGGAUAACCAAGAUGAAAAAGACAAUAACAAUAAGAAUGAAUUAGAGCAGAAGGAGGAGAAUAUAGUUAAGCGUACUCGCACACAAGAAAGUAUUUCUCCAUUACUUGGAUUAGAUAAUACAGGAGUUUCUGAAGAUGCUGUAAAUGAUGUCUUCUUAGCAUCUAAGUAUCUAAGAGAUAGAGAAGUUGUAUUCAAUAGUGACAUGACUCAGCAUUAUAAUAAUGAUUAUAAUAUCUGCACUUCACCACAGUGGAUCAGUAAAGUUUUACAGAAUCUCUUUCAUAUAUAA